GUGAUCGUGACAUGCGAGCAAUAACGUGCCAACUGUUUCUGUACAUUAACUGCUGUUUGCCUUUGCAAAUGGACCACCAUGAAAUUAAUUAUUGCGAAUCGUGUUCUAUGCGCGAUGGGACCAACGAUCUAAUUGAAAGGUCAAACGAAUCGCGAACCCUCUUCCGGGACGCGAUAAUGGGGUGUCAACGAAACGAGAUAAUCGAUAAUCGAUAGCCGAAUUCCUGGCUGAGAUGCUCGCGAGCGGGCCGACUCUACGCAAUAGUACGUAAGAGUCGUAACAAUUAGGGCUUUUAGCGCUGCACGCUGGAUUUGCUUAACGUUUCUGGUGAUACAGUUACCGGUAACCGAAGAGUACGUUUGAACUGGACCCACGAGUCGGUCAGUCGCUCUUUGGGCUUUAUCAUCGACGGUUCCUAGACGGAGGUGUCUCGCCGUUUGACAACUUGCAAACGCAACGAAUCGAUCGAGGACCGACGCGAAAUCCUCCACGUGCUCCGAGAUCGAUGAACUCGCGUCCAUCCGAUCCACCAGGAAUGAACGUUCGUAUCGCGGAAUCGAUCAGCUCCUCCUGAAUCGUCGCAGUCACAGUUUCCACGAAACGGUGAGCCGGGGAAGAAAGUGUGCGAGCUCACGUGUUCGCGAAUGAGAGGAACGGGUGGUGCCUAUCUUCGAGCAACGCGGUUCCAUUGAAGAUACAAUUAUGGACAGAAUGCAAACGAAUUUGGUUUGUCACUGCCUUCUGUUACUCGUUUGCGUUUCGCACGCCUCGGCGAGCGAGUCUAAUUUUUACGAGAUCGACGCGCCACCGGAGACCGACGAGCGCGAGGAAACUUCUACGAUCGGUACGGCGGUACAAACGUACAGACGUCCGAGAGUGCAUCGACGCGGUUAUCACGAGGAUCACGGAUCGACGUACGAGGACGACCACGACGAUCAUUACGGUGAUCACAUGGAGGAAGAGGAACACGCCAUGAAAGCCAUGGGACAAGCGAAGGUCGAUUACUGGGGCGGUUACUACGAUUUUCUGAUAAAUGAGGGAAGCUACAAGUUCUGGGCCGUGUUUCAACUCGCCACCGCGGCACUUUUGAUCUACAGCGGUUUCGCUGCGCUCUACUACGCGAAGGUGAACCCGCCGGCGAUAGACGACGAUGACUUCGAUCUCCUGCGUCGUCGACGGAGAGCGUUGUCCGUUUCUCCGCGAGACAGAUCGUUCUGCGGUUUGGACAGCGCGACUUUUCAGAGGAUAAUCGACGCAGUUGCCAGAGAGAUUCAUUGAUACAUGUCUCUGCAAACUGUGCAUCGUUAGAAACGUACCAUUACAGAUACGCAUCGACACGGAAGACACCGUCCCUCGACUCGGACGUCGUUCCUGACCAUGUAAUGACUCGUGUAUAUACGCAAUAUUUGUAUAUCUGUCUGUAAUUUGUGGAUUCUUGUACCGUAUUUCUCGUGUACCGUUGCUCAAUACAAAAUCCGAAGGCAACCCUACAAUGAAAACCUCGAU